CUAUAUGCAAAGCUGGAUCGUGGAUAAUAUGUUGUCGGGAGUUCUAUAGUUUGUACCAUUUCUGCUCAAAUAUGAAACUAAUAUGUUUGCUUAGUGUUUUUCUAGCCGUUUCGACCACAGUCGAAUGUGCAAAGAUUCUGGGUGUGUUCCAUUUAUCUGGUAAGAGUCACUAUAUGGCUUGUAGCACCCUGAUGAAGAUUUUGGCUGAAAAAGGGCAUGAUGUCACAGUGGUCGCUCCUCUCAAAGAGAAAAAUCCACCAAAGAACUAUAGACAGAUUUAUCUAGAUGGUAUUAGUAAGAAAAACGAUGAAGUUGUCAAGAACAUAAAAUUGUUUGAUUUCGACCCUUCUCCAUACUUGAAGCCUAUAUUCUUCCACUUCAUGUCUACCAGUUCCAUUGAAGAUGUCUUCGACCAUCCAACUUUUAAGGAAUUCAUGAAGACUGACGAAAAAUUCGAUGCUGUCAUCAUUGAAGAAUUCCAAUCAGAAGCCAUGAAAUAUAUAGCCCAUCAUUUCAACGCUCCUCUGAUUGUCUACAGCGCCCAGGAUGCAAAUGGAUGGACAAGUACCUAUCAAGGAAACCCAGACACACCAUCCUAUCACCCAAAUUACUUAAUGACACACCUCACGAACCACAUGUCUUUCUUCGAGAGGGUGGAAAAUAGUGUUUUCUACAUUUACUCUAAAUUAAUGUCCGACGUGAUAAACUUUUCAUCUCAGAAUAGGCUUGUACAUAAAUAUUACCCAGAUGCUCCACAUCUAGCUGAUAUAGCUUACAACGUUUCCUUGGUUCUGUUGAAUUCUGAUCCAAGCGUGCAUGAACCAAUUCCAAAAGUGCCAAGCAUGAAAGACAUUGGUGGUUUCCACAUAAGAAAGCCCAAACCUUUGCCUCAAGAUCUCCAAACGAUCCUUGACAACGCAAAACAUGGGGUUAUUUAUUUUAGUUUGGGUUCCAAUGUGAAGAGCAAAGAUAUGCCCAAAGAAACGAGAGAUUUCAUACUCAGAAAGUUUUCCAAACUCAAAGAGACUGUCAUCUGGAAAUUUGAAGAUCCUGACUUACCUGGCAAGCCUGAUAACGUUAUCAUCAGGAAUUGGCUCCCACAAAAUGACAUUUUCGCACACAAAAACGUCAAAUUGUUCAUCUCCCAUGGUGGCCUGUUCAGUACAAUGGAGGCAGUUUACCACGGACUACCAGUUAUGGCCCUAUCAGUUUUCGCAGAGCAAAAACUGAACGGAAAAAGAGCUGAAUCUAAUGGAUUUGCUAGACAUAUUCCCUUCAAGGAACUUACAGAAGACAAUUUCAGUGAUAUCUUGGAUGACUUGCUGAAAAAUUCAAAAUAUAGUGAGAAUGCCAAAAAGAGAUCUCAAAUUAUGAGAGACAAACCUAUGGAGCCUGCAGAUGCUGUAAAUUAUUGGGUGGAGUAUGUGAUAAGACACAAGGGGGCUCCACAUCUUAGGGUGGCAGCUUUAGAUCUGGCAUGGUACCAAUAUUUGCUGAUAGAUGUAGUGCUCUUCAUUUUAGCUGUGAUAUUAGUAGCAGUUUUCUCUCUGAGGUAUUUAAUGAAAGUAUUGAAAAAGAAACCAACAUCCGAAAAAAAGAAAGAUUGACAUUAUAUUGAUUGUGGGGAAAUGAAAAACUGACCAAAAUAAUUUAUUGAAUCUUGUAUUUUUCAUGUAUGUACAAAUUAUUUUUUUAUAUCUGAAAAAAAAUUUUCAAAAAUCGCUUGCUGUGAUUUAUUUCAAUUGCAAUAGUUCCACUGGAACUCACAAUGAGUUGAUUUUAUUCGAAAUCAUUCUUUUUGGACAUUAAUUCUCAAUUAUUGUAUGAUAGUGUAUAAUAUAAAUGAUUACAGGGACGUUUGUUUUCUCCGAUGAAAUUAGAAUGAAUAUGAAACUAAAAAAUAAGGAGGAAUAGAUAAAAUUUUAUUAUCGAAUUCUAUAUAUGAUAUCAUUUUGAGAUUUUUUCAAAAUCAAGAUAAGAAUACUAUCUUUAUGAAUGAUUGCUUAAUCAUUCUAAGCUUCAAGGUUAUUGUAAAGUACCGAUUUAUGGUGAAAUAUAUCGCCCACAUUGCAAAUCAUUUUUCUGAGCGCUCAUUCCCCGAACAGAGUAUCAUUUUAUUACGUCAUCAUGACUGUAAUUUUAGAAUUUUGAGCCGGGAUUGGUCUCAAACGAUAAGAAUUGAAAUAUUUAUGACCAAUCCGUGCUCAAAUUCAAUUCUCUCUAUGUGAGGAUUCCUCUAGGAAUUUUCAUCAAAAUAAGUGUUCGGUAAUUGUUUCAAAUAUCCUUCCAACAUCUACAGGUCAGAUAGACAUACUAGAACCGGUCCUCUCGUCAGAAAUUAACCAAAUGACGACCUCAAGGUCACUAUUGAAUCAUUACGUUACCCGUCAGUUGAUAUAGUUUGUGUUUACAAACAACAACGAUUGAUAAUUGUCUUAGGAAAGUUGAAAACUUCAAUCCAAAUUCAAUUUGUAUCUAGUCCCGGCCUGAAUAUAGACACCUAAAUUUCUUUCAAUGAUACAAAAUCAUUUAUAUCCUUUAGCACUUCAGUUCAGAUAUGGUUUUAUCUGUGAAAUGUUAUUGUAUAAUGUUUGGAUGAUCUAAACUGCAAACAUAUAUUGUUGAUCGUAUUUU